AUGUUUGCCAAAUUUAUACUUCUCUUGACAAUCUCUUUGGCGUCAUCUUAUCCAAAAGAUGCUCCUACAAAGAACAAAGAUACGGAUCAAAGGCCAUACUUGUACUUACUGAACGAAGCAUUAGACGACCAAGCUGGCGCUCGGCAACAACAAAGAGAAGAGAAAGGUAGAGCUUUACUACAACCCCAGCAGGUUCCUCCACAACGGCAGCAAAUUCCGCAACAAUCGCAGGAAGGUCCACAACAACCCCAGCAGAUGUACCAACCUAAUGGAUAUGGUAUCCAGUACUUGGAACCACAGUUCAAUUAUCCAGCAUAUAAUCAACAAAAUUUUCCUAGAGUUCAACCUUCGUUCCUUCUCUACGGAGCCGGAGGUCAAGGUCAACCGAUUCUUAUCAAUCCGGGUUCACCUCCCGGUAAUUUUCUAGUUCCUCAACAACCCGGAACGAACGUUUUCCUAAGAGGAAACGAAAAUCCGUAUUUCAUAGGGGGUUAUCCAAAUCCAACACCAGCCCAUAUUCCGCCAAUAGAAAAGGAUGCAGAAGAAGUUCCUACCAAUCCGGCCAACAUACCGCCUUUAGCAUCUCCAGGCCCACAAGCAACAAAGCCUGAAAAACUCGAAACUUUCACGGAAGACUUCAAGCCCGACCAACAAGCGAAAACAGCUGGGGAAGCUGAUGUACUAGCAGAAGCUGACAGAACUCCCAAACCUUUAACGAGAAACGAUUUGAGGCCUGGUCAAAGAUUUUUCAUCCUAAACGGAGAACCUCUUUAUCAGAAUUACCCCAAUAACUAUCAAGAAGAUCCAAAUUUAGGUUUCCAACAGAUCGAUCAACCAUUCCAACAGUUACAAGAUGGACACCAACCGCAGUACUUUAAUUAUAACGCUCCUGUCCCUGGGUUUUUAUUAAGAAACGUACCAGAAUUCAACCAACAGCCCAACUAUCCUCCUCAAGGCAACACUGAUUUAAGUCGUGUACCUAAUCAAAAUGACCAGCGAUUCACUCAAAGUUUCAUCCCAUUGGGCCAAAAUUUACCCCAAGAAGCUUCUCUAAGAGGGAAUUUACCAAACUUACCUGAGCUGGUGCAACUAAAUGGGCAAAGUCUUCCACAAGAUUCAAUAUUUAAAACAAAUUUAGAAAAUAACAAUGCUAAUAGAGUACCCAUUGGGCAAUUUAGGUUCGCACCCCCUAAUGGAGCUUUCUUUCCCUUUGAAGAUGAUACAGAAAAUGAUUCUGUCGUGGUAGAUGCAAAUUUCGAUGAUGAUCUUAAUGCUGGACAGAAAUUAUCCAAUCAGGAAGAUAUUUCUUUACCCAUUGCGAAAUCGUCAGAUCCGAGCACGGCUCAAGCAACGCCCGGAGCAAUAGCUUUGGCCGGUCCUGGAGGGGUAGCAGGCGCUGCCCCUAAAGCUACCGCUUUAGUAGGGAAGGGUGGAUUGGCUGUAUCAAGUCCGAAAGCAACAGCUAUAGCUGGAACGAGAGAGGAAGUUAAGGUAGAGAAAGAAACUAAAGUAAAGCAGGACAAAGAGAAGAAACCUACGAGAAAACCAAAAAAUUAG